AUGGAUUUCGAACCACAAGGACAUGUCACUCGCCAUGGAGAUUGUCUCAUGCUCUGCACCUACAACGCCAGGACAGUCUCCACCAACGCCGAUUUUUACGCCCUGGCGCGUCAACUACAUCCUAUCACCUCGCCUGGCUAUCUUUCGACUCCGUCGUCUGCAUCAGAAAACCAUCACUAUCGUCAAUUGCUAUUCUCGGAUUUGGAGAAAGUCAUCCGCAAAGAAAACUCCUUCCUUAAGUUUGUCGUGGAUGACUUCACCAAAAUCGGGAUGCCAGAAGAAGGGGAGCACAGGAUCGGGAAAUUUGGACCAGGACUCCAGAUUGAGAAUGGUAACCGUCUUGUUGGGCUCUUAUCCGCCGCACGACUUUUUCAUUACAACUCUAUUUUCAUGAAGAAAGAACAUGGGUGA